UAUUUAUGUAUUUAUGAAUUAUUUUGUAUAUUUUCGAAAGUUAGAAGGGUGACGAAGGCGUACCAAGGGAGAUUGUAGGUAAUUUGAUGUGCUUGGGGUGACAGCCAGACGCGAAUGCCAUUAAGAGAAAUAGAAUAUCUGGAAAAGUUUUCUCAAAUCAACUGAAAAAUUGCUAAACUAAAAAGAAAUAAACCUCCAGCCAUCUCGUUUACCUUGUGACAUCUUUCCUUACGUAUUUAAAUCUUGAAAUUAUAUAAGAGUUGCAUCAAAGGACCGCUCGUUAAAUAUUAUACUUUAGGUAUGCUCUUGGGAUGAUAACUCCGAUCCCAUUCUGCAUAAAUUAGUUGUAAUGAUGGAGCUUUGAGUGAAUGCUCUUUGGCGAAGUCACAGGAGUUCAAACGGCUUAUUAACACAUAGGUGAGAGACUGCUAAAGAAAAAUCAAUCUCUAAUACCGCAAAGAAGGGAAACAUGGUAUACAUGGGACUUGCGGGCCAGUACUUCUCGGAGCUGGAUCCAAAUUUCAAUGGUCCUCCUAAAGCAGUCGAUCCAGCAAUCCGUGCCCGCAAACUUGUGGGCAUGGAACGCCGUGACGUCAUACUGACAGCAGUUUUCGGAACAGUUGGUGCUCUCGCAAUUUUAGUAGGACUCGCAUUAGCAAUGUGGCUCUAUUUACGCUCUAGGAAGUCCAAACAACGGGAUGACGAUCUCGAGGAUCAAAAUGACAAUGGCGAUGGCUCGGGCCAGCAACAACAAACCACCAAGAAAAACGGCUUUCUCAAUCUGAAGACGCCUCUGAUCAGCACGAAGGCUCUGGGGUAAGUGAAUUUUUCUUUCCAUUCCG